AUGCCCACGAAUCACGACAAUAGCAGCUACGUUGGCCUGGAAGCAGGACUGCUGAGCACUCGGGAAGAGGAAAAGAUACCGUUUGUCUCGUCCGGACAAGACGAAGAACAGUCGUCCCCAGGACCCCGCCAAUUGGAGACCCUGCCGUCCGGGAAAAUGUCUCCCCUCAAGCGAGGCGUCAUGAUAUUCAUCAUGUGCCUGCUCGCCGGCCUGGGACUUGCUCUGGCCCAGGACACUUCUUUUUCGAAAUGCCUGAGCUGGGCUCCCGGCCGCGGCGAUCUUCACUUCAUAUCCGCUCGAUCGCUCCAUGCAAAGCGCGAUCAAGCCUCGUUAAACAACUCAACUGCUCCGUCGUCCACAGCCGAACCCCAGCAAUCCACGUCCAUUGCACCAGUGGCUUCUGCUUCCUCGGCUCAAACCUCCGUGGCGGCGACGCCUUCAACAACCAGCAACGACCCCCCUCCGUCCUCGUCAAGUCUCGUCCUUGUCCCUAGUAGCACGAGCACUCCGAGUGCGCUGCCGGCCACCUCACUGCCCACAACAACGAAUCCCCUCGCCACUUCAAGCGAUGCGAUGCCUUCAAGCAGCUCACUCGUCGCCAUCACGCAAACAACCUCUCGAGACUCUGGAACAUCUUCUUCCCCUGGUACGUCUUCGACGAGACAAGAGACUGUCUCUGAAUCUUCUUCCUCAAGUCUAGCACAACCGUCCUCUUCCACUAGGUCAACCACCGAACAGCCGUCCUCCUCCACCGGCCUUGCUUCCUCUGCACCUAUUUCUACAACUUUAUCCACAACCUUGAGUUCCUCAGCAUCAUUUGCCUCUCCCACAUCCUCUAAAUCAACUGCCACGUCCUCGAAGCCGGCACCCAGCUCCCCAAAAAUCCAAAGCACCAUUACUACUGGACUGGUGGCCACAUCUAGUCCGGUGGCGCAGACGCUGACGACCACGCUGCCUGACGGUGGCACCCUGACCAUCACGUCGACUUCGUGGGUUGCUAUUCAGCCAACCGGAAAAGCCACCUCGACCUCUCAACCCAAACUCCAGAAUGCAGCUCCCAAGUGUAACGACCACUGGACUCUUUCCCUUUGCGCUGCAGCCGCUGCUCUCGGCUUGCUGCUGAUCUAA